CGUUUCAGCUCUACUAUAUAUUAAUAAUUGUCAAAAAAUCAGGGCUGAUACAUAACACUUCAAGUUCUAUUGCUCAAUUUCUUCGCAAAUAAUAGCUCAUCUAUAGCCAACGGACUCUUACAGUGAAUAUAUGACUAAUUCACUUUUUUUUUUAAUAAUUCUUGUACACAGGAUGGAGGACCUAGGAGACUUCCUGAGACAAAGAAAUGUUCCUGAAGAAACAAUAGAGGCAUUGGAGCGUGAGAAGAUUGACGCCAGCACAAUUCAGCUCAUGGCAGAUGAAGAAUUGAAGACCUUUUUACCGUCCUAUGGUGAUCGUCUCGCAGUGUUAGGAUUUAGUAGACGGAAAGAAAGCGGGCAUUAUAACACACGCAAGUCCAAGCUUUUUGAGCGCCUGAAGAGUAAAUUGGCCAAACGAAACUCACAAUCUUAUGAUGAGGGAAGCAGUACAAGCCAGGAGGACUGUACGCCCCCAAAUCUGAAGAAAACUGCUCAAAAGGCUAUGCGAAAAAUAGAACUCGGAUGGAUGCAUUAUGAUGAACAGAAUAAGUCUUUCAAGAAGGUAAGAGCCACAGGAGGAGGAGGAACCAGAAAAUUAAGCAUUUCAAAGGAUGCUCAGAAGAGUGAAAUAAUGCAGCAAGCAGUUGAGUUGUUCUUCCCAGGUGGGAAAAAUAGACUGGGGCCUUUAACAGAUUUUGAAUUGGAUCUAAAAAACUAUGAAGAGGUCACAGUUGACUCUGAAAUCAGUGUUGGACAGUUAUACACAGACACAAAAAUUCCUCUUCUGCGGUUUUAUUUGACAACACAAAGAAAAGAAAAGGAGAAUUUAUUGAGUGAACUUCGAAGUUCAGCUUCAACUUUUGAAAGACAACAGAUGUCUCAGAAUCAUUCUUCCACUUCUUUUCUCACUUCUGCUUCUGUUGCAGCAGAUCUAUCACCUGCUUCAUUCGAAAUGGUCCACUCUGAUGUCAUAUACCUUGAAAGCACUGAAAAUAAUAGUGUGUCAUUACUUUCCAUGCAGGAUGGAAUUGAGAAUUCAUUUGAGACCAGCAACAUUGUAUUUAUGGGAGAGGUCUCUGAAAAUGAGCCCGUGAACUUGGAUGACACGCUUCCUGUUUCACCAACAGCAUCAACAACGCCAUACAGCGAGUCAGUAAAGAAAAUACUGGUUGUUCACAGAGGUCAGGUACUACAAGAACUCAUAGCUCAGUUCUCUGAUGCUGGCCUUCAAGAGGCUGAUGUUAAAAUUCAGCUUGUACUGCCAGAUGGAACACCUGAGAUGGGUUAUGAUGAGGGAGGAGUUGUGAGAGAUUGCCUUUCUGAAUUCUGGUCAGAUUUUUACAAUCAGUGCACAACAGGAACAUCAUUUAAAGUUCCUUUCUUGAGACAUGAUUUUGGAGAGAUGCAGUGGGAAAGUGUUGGCCGAAUAAUAUCUUUUGGAUGGGCAAGGGAGAAAUACCUUCCCAUAAAAAUAGCGCCUGUCAUAUUAGAACAAGCUGCACUGGGAUAUGUGAAGAGUGAUAUUGUGGAGAAUUUCCUCAAUUACAUGCCUGAACAUGAGCGUGUGGUGUUUGAAACCUGGAGAUCGGACUUUAAGAGUGUCGACCAAGAAGAUCUUAUGGAAAUCUUGGACAACCACAGUUGCAGACGGCUCCCAACAGAAAUCAAUGCAAAUGACAUCAUCCACGAGCUUGCACAUAAAACGCUGGUUCAAGAGCCAGCCUAUGUCAUCGAACAAUGGACAAAAUCACUUUGCACAUCUGGGUGCAACUUUCAUGAUCUCACAACAAUGUAUGAAGCACUGACACCAACUGUGAGAAAGAUUGUUAAGUCCCUCGCAUUCCCUGAUGUAUUGAAUAUUCAAGAGAAGGCAGUUCAAAAGUUCCUAACCAGUUACUUAAGAAAUGCCGAUACACAACAUCUGUGUUGGUUCCUCAGAUUCUGCACAGGAUCAGAUCUGUUCCUGGAGAAGAACAUUAUCAUAAGCUUUUCCAAAGUGGAAGGUUUUCAGAGAAGACCGGUUGCCCAUACAUGUGGCUGCGUGCUUGAAUUGUCAAUCCAUUAUGACAGCCUACCUGACUUUAGUGCGGAGAUGAACAGAGUCCUGGAGUCCAAUGUAUGGGUAAUGGACAUAGUUUAAGUCCAUGAAGCAUAGGGUGUUCACAACCCAAGUUUGAUGUAUGUAGGUUUAUUUCAUAGUGUACGCUAUAUUAGACGGGGGUAAAGUUUACAUGGCAGGUUUUGGGUGAGAUAUUUUUGUAUUGUUUGUCAGGUUGUUUUUUGUCACUUUUGGAAAAGAGUAUUUAUAGGAGAAACUUUAUUUUUUAUAUACGGUAAACUAUCUUAUUAUUUUGAGCUCAAUAUUUAUUUUAAGUUAUUACAAUAAUAUUUUCAUUUCACUUGUAUUUUUUUGCAAAGACAUGCUCACUGUUAAAUCAAUGUUACAAUGUUAAGCUUUUGAAAAUGUUCAUAAUGUUUAAAGCUGUUUUAUUGUAGUAGAUUACACUGUUUUAAGGAUCUCAAAAAAGAAAAGAAGCAAAUGUUUUAAUGCUCUGUACUCCUGACUGACUUGAUGCAGAUAUUAUUGGCACUGUUGUUACAAAGCUAUAUUUUACUAUGUUUUUGUUUUUGUAAAUA